AGUGAUUCACUCUCAUCACACCCACAGGUUCCUCUGAAUUGCAGGCUGGAUUUCAGUGACUUGUUGAACACGAAGCUGAGCCGAGCUUGAGAGCCCUGAGGGAGAACACACAGCGACCCCGGCCUGUUCUGGGACCCCUCCGAGGAUCAUGGCGGACAGUCCUGCGGUCAGCCAAUAAGCCCCGACAGCAUGGAAGAGGCAGACGGGGGGAACGCCGGGGAAAAAUUGCCAAAAAUGUCUCUAAGCAAAGAAGGAGCCCAUAAGAAAUGGGUGAGCCUAAAGGAGAAGCUCUCCCCCCAAGAGCAGGACCAGAGCGAGGCUAACUUAGAGAAUGCAGAUCCUGAACUUUGUAUUCGUCUUCUCCAAAUCCCAUCCGUGGUGAACUAUUCUGGCCUGAAGAAGAGACUGGAGAGCAGCGAUGACCAAUGGAUGGUGCAGUUCCUGGAGCUCAGUGGUCUGGAUCUUCUGCUUGAGGCCCUUGACAGACUGUCAGGCAGAGGAGUGUCAAGGAUCUCUGAUGCACUCCUCCAGCUCACUUGCAUCAACUGUGUCCGAACGCUAAUGAAUUCCCAUAAGGGGAUCGAGUAUAUUGUCAAUAAUGACGGUUAUGUCAGAAAGCUUUCUCAAGCGCUGGACACAUCCAAUGUGAUGGUGAAAAAACAAGUGUUUGAGCUGAUAGCAGCCUUGUGUAUCUACUCCCCGGAGGGGCAUGUCUUGGCUUUGGAUGCACUUGAGCAUUAUAAGGCUGUGAAGAACCAGCAAUAUCGAUUUAGUGUCAUCAUGAGCGAGCUCUCAGCCACAGAUAAUGUUCCCUACAUGGUCACGCUGCUCAGCGUCAUCAACGCCGUCAUUUUCGGCACGGAAGAGCUGAGGCUUCGGGUGCAGCUGAGGAACGAAUUUAUCGGUCUUCAGCUGCUGGAUAUAUUGACAAAAUUAAGGUAA